GACCCGCAGUAUACCAUGAGCGGAUCACGUUGCUGGACGUGCCGCUUGACGCGGCUGUGGUCCUCACGGUGGACGGAGACGUCUACGAGGAGUCGACGGUCGUGGAUGCGGACCUGCUCGAGGUGCGGCCUCUUCGAGGCCUCGGGGCUCCGCUGUUCGGCGUCGCCGAGCUCAACACGUAUCGGUUCGCGGCAGCGCCCGACGCGGUCACCAUGUGGGCGCACCGGCGGGCGGCCGCGAUGCUGCGUGGCGUGCCCGUGCCCGCCUCGCCGUUCGUGUUGGCUGCAGGCGUGGGCGGCGGGGCCGCCUGGGCUCCGCAACGCGUGCAGCUGGACGACCCCGCGGACGCGGCGGCCGUGGUGGCGGCUCCCCUUGCCGCGCCUCCCGUCGGCGGCGGCGCCGCUGGCUUAAGCGGGGCGGGGGCUUUGGCGGCCGCCCUGGGGGUGCCCGCGCCGCUUGCCGCAGCCCCUGCGGCCGCGCCCGCCGCGGCAGCAGGGGGUCCCGCGGCGGCGGCAGCCGCCGCAGGCGCUGGUGGGGCGGCUGGGGCAGACUGCCGCGUGCACCCGAUAGUGCGCGACGCGGCUGGGCGGCGGGCGCUGGACUUCGCCACGGCGGCCCUGCUGGCCUCCUCCACGCCCCAGGCGGACUGGCCGAUCAAGGGUCCGCGGACGACGCAGUGGUGCCUCGAUCACAUGAGGCGCAACGCGGGCGGCCCGCUGGCGUGGCACUCCAAGUGGAAGGCGGAGGCGAUGCUGCGCGACACGGACUCGACUUGCCAGCAGCACGAGAUGAAUUGCAGGUUGCUCGAGCUAGGCAGCUGCUACGACCAGAUUAACUGCGCGGAGUUGGCGUCAAACGAGCUGAUCUGCCGCCAGAUCCAGCUCAUCGAGGAGCGGCACUACGAGGACACCGUCACCGCGCAGGCGGCUGCUGAGGACAAGAAGGCGGAGAAGGACAAUAAUGCCAAGACUGCCAGCUCGAGCUUGCUGGCGGUGGAGGCGGACCACUACAUGGGGGCGUCGGCGAGCAAGGGAAACCUGUGCAUCGCGCCAGCCCUCACGGACUUCAUCGUGGACCAGUUGAAGGCGGAGGCCGCCAUUGCCAAGGAGAGAUGGGCCAACGACGGCAUCGCAGCCCUGAACCAGCUGAGCUGCCACUUCUCUCCUGCGUCUGCCCCGCCUGGUUUAACGGCAUCGGCGGCGCAGGCGAGCGCGAUGGAUCGCACCUCCCAGGCCUAUCGACAUUUCCCGCUACCUCCUGAAUAUCAUGAGGAUGCUCAUUCUGGCGAAGCAGCCUUGACAGAGCUGCUCGCGUCGGCGCCUGGGUACUCCUCGGACUCCCAGCGCGUCAAGCCCUACGACGCGGACCUUGUGUCCUGGCCUGAUCUCUCGACGGCCCCAGUUGAUGUCGCUGUUCUCGUCGGGGAGGCCGAGCGCGAAUGUUUGUCGGGACGGAGACGGACCAUGCUCAAAGGUGAGUCGUCUGCUUCAGACCCUGGAGCGGCUUUGGCGCCGCAGCUCCCUUACGUCGACCCGAUGUUGGGCGAGAGCCCCGGGGCCUACGCCGGCGCCGUGGGUGAGUUACUGCAGGGUGGUAUGAUCUCCUUCCGUGUGGCGCGGGCUGGUGAUCCUUAUAGUUUGGGUUUGUUCUUUGUCGAGAAGGUUGGCAAAGGCGCGCUUCGCCUCGUCGUCGACGCGAGGGUGGCGAGCGAGGGUUUCGCGGCGCCGCCCCAGACCACGCUCCCCGCGGCGGCGGCGCGGGCCGCCCUGGAGUCGGACCACUCCGUGGUGCUGGCCCAGGGCGACAUCCAGCGCGCCUUCUACCACAUGCUCGUGCCAAAGGGCAUGGGGGAGCUGUUCACGCUUCCCACCAUCUCCAAUCGCUUGCUCAAUGUCAAGCAGCUCGACGGCCCCCCCAUCCCGUCCGAUUGCUUCCUCCAGCCGAUGGUGCGCGUCCUGCCGGACAGCGUGGCGGCAGCGGGCUACGUCGACAACUUCGCCAUCGUGGAGGGCGACCCAAUCGCCGUCACCGCCAAGAGGGAUGAGGUGACUCGCGCGCUGGAAGCGCGGGGGUUACCUGUGCACUCGCUCGGUACCGCCUCGGCCGUAUCCGUCUUCACGGGCCUCGAGAUCAACGGCGACCUUGGGACCGCGAGGGUGAAGCCUGCUAACGUCAUGCGCCUUCGGCAGGCGCUGCUGGCGGUGUUGCGGCGAGGCGCCGCCUCGCCUCGCAUGUUCGAAGUCCUUCUGGGCCACAUCACGUGGGCGAUGAUCUGUAACAGAGAGACCCUCUGCAUCCUGUCGUCUGUCUACGCCUUUAAGUCCCAGAAGGACCCUGGGGUCAGGCUCCUGUGGGCCUCCGUCAAGUUCGAGCUUUGGUGUGUGGCUAGUAUUUUACCUUUAUGGACUUCGCACAUGAACAUCCCCUGGGGCUCCCACGUCUCGGCUUCGGACGCUUCGCCUAUCGGUGCGGGCGUGUGUACUCGCAAGGAGGUCGGGCCUCGGGUGGCCGACCAUGGGAGGCAGGCGGAGAGGUGGAUAUAUCGUUGUACUUCGGCGGUCUCGGCACGUUCGAACGCGCUGGGCCUCGGAGGGGCCCCCGACGACUUCGACAUCAUCGAGGGUUUCUUGGGCUCGAACCCCGAGGGCUUCAGCAAGGGCUUGAACGAUAUCCCCGAGGAGCUCAUGCAGGUCUCGUCUUGGGUCACCGUGAUCUCCAGGAGGCAUUGGAACCCUUCCAAGAACCUUUUAGAGCACGAGGGUGACGCGCUGUGCGACGCGGAGUUGUUCGAGGGGGCCCUCAGCUUCCUCGAGAACUCAGCGGUGUCCGACCCUACUCGGGCUCGGUACCGCCGCCGCGCCCUGCGAUUCCUGGAAUGGCUGGGCUGGCGCGACCUGAACUUCGCCACCGCCAGCCAGCUGGACAGCGUCAUCGCGUGCUUCCUGACGGACUUGGCCCUGGGCGGUUUCGACGCAGCGACGGGGGGGAUGACGGUCGCGGCGCUGCGCCACUUCCUGCCGCACAUCCUCGUCGGGAAGCGGCCGCUCCCGCGGUCGGCGCGAGCCCUCGACGGGUGGCGCCGCCUGGCGCCGCCGCAGGUGCGCUUGCCUCUUCCUCGCUCGGCCGCGAUGGCAGUCGCAGGCUGGCUCAUCUGGAAGGACUUGCCCAGCAUGGCGGUAUUCGCGGCGCUGGUUUUCCACGCGUACCUCAGGCCGUCGGAGGCCUACAGGCUGCGCGCGGGCUCGCUGGUGCCGCCGAUCCCAGGGUCGGGCUUCAACACGGGGGGCAUCGUCGUGAACGACGCGAAGUCGGGCCGCCCUGGCAAGACGGGGGUGGUGGACGAGUCGGUGCUGGUCGACGCCCCCGAGCUCUGGCCCGUGCUGCGCGCGCUGACGCUCAACGCGCCCGCGGACGUCAGCCUCUGGAACUUCAGGCCCGCCGACGCGCGCGCGAUGUUCCGCAGGGCCUUGCGCGAGCUGGGGCUGCAGAAGGAGUCUCCGUCCUUGUGCGCCCUCCGUCAUGGGGGGGCCUCGCGCGACUUGCUCUCGGGCGCUCGUGCGAUAGCGGAAGUCAAGGAGAGGGGGGGAUGGAUACCAGACAAACAUUUGAGGAGGCACGGCGAGAGGACUCGCGCGCAGCAGCGGAUCAGGGACCGUCCCAGUCAGAUCGCCGAGUUCGGCGAGCAGGUGUUCGCGAGGCUCUCGGAGCUGAUCGAAAUCAAGUUCGUGAAGGGCAGCUUCCCGCUGCCAGCGCCGCUCCAGCCGGCGCCCGCCCUGCCGCGGGUCGCGAAGCGGGCGCCCGUUCUGUCCA